UGCAACCUCGAAUUCAUCCCGGAAGCAAGGCUUACUUUUCCUACGACGAGAAUAACCAGGAGAAACUCCAAAACCAUGGGAAGAAGGUCAUUGAAGCCGUGGCCAACGCGGCAAACAACGUGAACAAUCUGAAGUGCAACCUCGACAAGCUGGCUACAAAGCAUGGGAAAGAGCUUUUGGUGGAUCCUCAGAACUUCCCGGUUUUCUCCACAUGUAUCCAAGUGAGUUUGGCCAAUCACGUGAACAACUUCACCCCUUCAGUUCAACUCGCUGUGGACAAAUUCCUUAAGGCCGUUAACGGGUAUCUGUCCUCGAAGUACCGUUGAAAAUGGAGCCAAGACUUUUCGGUAGAAAGCAGCCUCCGUCUCAACUUCCAAACCCCCGUGUGCCCCCGUUUGGUCAAACUGCCUGCCAAUGAAAGCUUACUCUUUAUAAACACUCUCCCAUGUUUCUGUAGCCCGCGCUUUUCAAAUUGAUUGUAAUUGUUAAACUGCUUCAACCGAACUUCUCCUUGAGACACAAUAAACAUUUCCUUUCAUCAAUA